GAAGAAGGAUUGAUCCAUGGUUUGUCUGUCUUUCAAUUUAUCCAUUAAUCUCUUUCUCUUUGACACCUCUCCCUCCCUCCCCCGUUUCUUCAUUUUCCUUUUGUUUUGUCUCGUGAAACGAAGAGUCAGCAAUGCGUCGAAUAUUUAUACGAAUGUACACGGAUACAUUAGAUUCUCGUGCCGAAAAUAAGAGGCUCACGGGACCACGUUUGACACACGUUUGACACACGUUUGACACACGUUUGACACACGUUUGACACACGUUUGACAUGUCAGUUUGUCUCGAUUGUGUAUAUCGGUUACGGGAUAAUUUGUUAUCUACCAACAGUCGUUACCGCAACAUAGUAACGCGUGACUCUAUUGGAUCUCGUUUUUUAUGAUACGCGAUACUGCCAAAAAUUUUCAGUCAAUGUCCUGUUCGUUCACUUCAACGAUAGCUCCGAGCUGUAAUAUUAAUCGGUUAACGAAUAUUCGAUUAUGUCCUUUUUCUCUCCUUUUACGAACGAGCUCAACCAAUUCCAAUUACGCACAAGGGCGUCACUUGACGCUGUACUUAAUCGUCCUACAUAAACGUAUCGGUAUGCCAACAACUAUUGGUAGUGCACCUUUUUCUAAUCUUCGCACGACGUCGUACUUUACAGGUCACAGAACAGUUUCUAAUUCUAAUUAUUAGGCUAUUAUAGACUAUUUCGUACGUCGUAUUUCCGAGAAAGGUAUGAAUCAACAUGGUGUUCGUCGAUGCUAAAUCGGUUCCGCUUUUCUUUUUUAAACGGAGAGGAACCGUGAUAUCAACUGAAUUUUUCAAUUCGGUCGAACACCUUAUACGUACAUGUAUUUGCGUGCUUCUUUAAUGCGCACGUUGACACAAUUUCGCGAAUGUUUAAGGAUUUUCAAUUGUUAUAUUUCGAAGCGCAGCAACUCGAUAUAGGUUCAUUACGAAUUUUAAGGUACACAUACGCUACAAAAGGAUUUCACGAUUAUCGCGCAAGAUGAGAUGGGAAAAAUUCGGAGGGUAUGUGUAUCCUAUAUACGUAUGCGUUUACGCGUGUGCGUGUGCGUGUCGCGCGUGAUGAAUGUGUGCGUAAGGAGGAACAGAUCCGAGGAUAGAGGGAGAAGUAAGGAUGGUCGCGACAAGAUAUCCAUAUAAUCGAUGGUACGGAAAGUGGAGAGUCGAGGGAAGUGUGACGAAAAUGGCAUAUUAAUCGAUGGUUUAUGGAUCACGAUAGAAUUGGGAAGACGCAGCAGCAAUUUACCGAUCAUUGUCCUUUUUUUACUUGCUGGCAAAUCUGAAAAAUCUCGCAAAUCGCUAUACGCAUGUCGCUAUUUUAUAUAGAUCAACGCGAAUCACGCGAAUAAAUGACAGUGGUGAUGCUAAAAACGAGAGGCAGGUCUAGUGUGGGUAGACGGGACGGUUUAGGCAGGUUUGUACGAUGAAAGCUACGCGUCAGAGUUGCAGUUAUUUUCGCAGCACGAGUAUAGCCGGAAGCAAAAAUCGACUUUACGUACCAUCACGUUUAUAAAUUUCCGAUUUUAAGUUUUCGAUUGUAACAGCGGUCCAAAGAAACAGUGUACGUGCCAAUAACGAGUCCGUUAGAUAAGAUGAAGAUGUACAAGCAGGCCGAGUUCGAGGACGAGGAUACCAGCAGCAUCGGCUCCGUAGCUUUGAACAGCGAGGGUAUCAGCACGUCAGCGAUGCACAUAAGAUAUAAUUCGGGAAUCUCAUUAUGGAGAGCAAGAACUGCGCUCGAGAGAUGUCUCUUUAUCGUUUGCGCGGGCCUCUUAUUGAUGGUCGCGAUGCUAUCGGUAGUGGUGAGCAGCAAGAACGGUUGGGACGAAGCUCAAAUACUUCACGUCACUUCGCACGGAGAAGAUGGUACACACUGCUUAACCGAGCAUUGCGUUACGGUUGCCGCAUCCAUCAUAAACAGCAUAGAUCGCACGGUCGAUCCGUGCGAGGAUUUUUACGAAUACGCGUGCGGUGGUUGGAUCAAGAAGAAUCCUAUACCGGAUGGAAACAGCAUGUGGGGGACAUUCGACAAGUUCGAGCAAGACAAUCAGUUGGUGGUGAAAAGCGUUCUUGAAAAACCGUUCAACGAAAUGAGAUCAAAGGCCGAGAAGAAAGCAAAGUAUUACUUUCUCUCCUGUAUGGAUGCGAACAAUACGAUCGAAACACUUGGCGCGAAACCGAUGCUGGACUUGUUGGAUACCAUCGGUGGCUGGAACAUUUCUGGCAAGUUCAAUCUAAGCACGUGGUCCUUGCAGAACAGUAUGCAUACUCUGCAAAAUGUAUACAACAUGUACGGUUUAUUUGCGUGGGCGGUAAACGAAGAUGAUCGAAAUAGUACCAGGCAUAUUAUACAAAUUGAUCAAGGAGGUUUAACGCUGCCAACCACCGACAAUUAUCUCAACGUCACCGAACACGGCAAAGUAUUGGUCGCUUAUUUGGAAUACAUGACGAAGAUCGGUGUGCUGUUAGGUGGAGAAAAGAAUUCGACGAGGAAGCAGAUGCAAGACGUGAUAGAGUUUGAAACAAAAUUGGCUCGCAUCAUGACACCACAGGAUAAACGCCUCGACAAAGAGAAACUUUAUAACGCGAUGUCGUUGGAUGUUCUUCAACGUCAAGCGCCUUUCAUGUCCUGGGUACACUAUUUUCAAAAUGUGACCAGCCUCGUUAACAAGGAAAUCAACGACAAGACAGUGAUCGUGAAUUUUGCUCCGGAAUAUUUCGUCAAAUUGUCCGAGCUUGUAUUAGAGUAUAACAAAACGAACGAAGGGAAAGUGAUACUGAAUAAUUAUCUGGUCUGGCAAACCGUGAGAUCUCUAACCGCCUGCUUGUCGGAACCGUUUCGCGACGCUUACAAGGGACUGAGAAAAGCUUUGAUCGGUUCUGAAGGCCGCGAGGAGCAAUGGCGUUAUUGCGUCAGCGAUACACAUAACGCGAUGGGUUUUGCGGUCGGUGUGAUGUUCGUUAGAGAAGUUUUCCAUGGAAAAAGCAAACCCAUGGCGGAAAAGAUGAUCGACCAAGUACGUAAAGCUUUUAUCAAAAAUCUAAAAAAUCUCGAUUGGAUGGAUGCGGAAACGAGGAAAGCGGCUGAAGAGAAAGUGAACGCGAUCACCGACAUGAUCGGCUUUCCCAAUUUUAUUUUAAACCCGGCCAAACUCGACGAACGUUACAAGGAUUUAACCAUCAAACAAAAUGAAUACUUUCAAAAUAAUAUACGAGUGAAUAAAUAUAAUUUGCGAAAGAAUUUGGAGAAACUCGAUCUGCCCGUGAACAAGACUACUUGGGUAGUGGCACCGCCAGUUGUCAAUGCUUACUACUGGCCUACGAAAAAUCAAAUGGUUUUCCCCGCCGGCAUCUUGCAGAGUCCGUUCUACGAUAUGGAAAAUCCGAAAAGCUUGAACUUUGGCGGUAUAGGAGUUGUCAUGGGGCACGAAUUGACUCACGCAUUCGACGAUCAAGGAAGAGAGUACGAUUUACACGGCAACUUGAAUCAAUGGUGGAACAACGCUACAACCGAGAGGUUCAAAAAUAGAACAGAGUGUUUCGUGAAACAAUACAACAACUUCGAGGUACAUGGCCGACACGUGAACGGACGGCAAACUUUGGGGGAAAAUAUUGCAGAUAACGGUGGUCUCAAAGCAGCUUAUCACGCUUAUCUUUCAGCGCAGAAGAGCUAUAAAGAUCAACUACCCUUGCCUGGUCUUAAUUUGACGCAUCGACAACUGUUUUUCUUGAAUUUUGCCCAGGUUUGGUGUUCUGCUAUAAUGUCCGAAGCCAUAGCCCUCGAAAUCGAGAAAGAUUCUCAUUCUCCACCAAAGUAUAGAGUGAUAGGACCGCUCUUGAAUCUACCAGAGUUCGCUUCGGAGUUCAACUGUCCAGAAGGCUCGCGAAUGAAUCCCAUCCAUAAAUGUGAAGUGUGGUAAUGCGUCGUUUCUUUGAAUUAUUCGUAUCAGUGCGGAAUUUGUAUCGUUUUAAUUCCAUUGCCGGUAAUAACGCCCAACGAGUCGUUGUAAAACGUUGCAAAAUGCUUCCGCUUCUAUCCUUAGAGCUAGUGUCUCUUCCUUCGACGUUUUACUUUCUAUUCGAAGAUAUCCGUCACAUGUACUACGUCACGGAUUUCCAUGAAUCAUCGUGCAUUUGUAACGUCGAGAACAUUCAACGAACGUGAAAAACAAAACGUCGAAGAAGUUAGAAGCGACAAGCGCAAUAAAUUCCGUUGUUACGGCGUGAUUUUAUGCGAUAUGAGAAACGUUCAAUCGUCCAUUUGCUAAUUUCUAUCGCUGAUUUAUUCGAAAACGUCGGAAUCACAGCGAGUCGAAUUUAAAGGUUCAAAUACAUUUUCAGCAAAAACGUGAAAAGGCAAGUAGGUAAUUUUGUUACUUUCGCAUCGCUCUGAAACUUCGUAAUUCGGAUAAAUCAAACAUCGAGCGAAAGGUCAACCUGUGCACGUUUAAUGUAUCGAUUUUUUCGUUUGAACAAUCGAUCGUGUCAGUUCUUACAUAAAUUGAAUUAAGAAAACGCUAGGACCACUAUACGAAUCGUCAAACUUUCUUACACGAUUAUUCGAGCGCAUUACAGCGUACCAAUGUUUCUCAAUAAUAGAUACAUUCACUGUGGUUCAUCGCGAUCACUAGAGACAAUUAAAAUCCAUUUUAUCGAUCGAUCGACCGACCGACCGACCGACCGACCGACCGACCGACCGACCGACCGACCGACCGACCGACUGACCCACGUUUUACCGUAAGCGAAACCGCUCACCUCUCCUACGCGAUAAGUGAUUUUUCACUUUUAUACUUGAAAUCAGUAUUAUUCGAUCGAAUCCUAUAAUUCGAGUUAUUACAGUGUAUUACGAUUAUUACGAUGUUACUCGCUGCAUACAUUACACUCUUGAUAAGCUUAUAAAUGUAU